GCCCACUAACACUUGCAUAAACAACGGACUCAGAGGACAGACAGACAGCUGGCAAGGGACGUAAACAAAUUGUCGAAAACCUUCGGGUUUUGGAGUGAAGAUGAGCAGAUUUAUCGGACUUCUGCGGCGUACCUAUGGAGUAGUACGCGAACACGUCGGCACAGAUCAUCUGGGGAAUAAAUAUUACUUCAUCCCAGAGCAGAAGACCUGGACAGGAAGGAUCACGCGUGCCAAGCGGAUAGUGGUGGCAGCCAAUCCCGCAGAAGAUGAAUAUACGGAAGGCAGCAUUCCGAUGGAGUGGGACGCUUGGAUACGAGGCAGACGGAAGGAGCCCCCCUCCGUCGAGGAGGUGCUGAAGAAUAUGUCUCGAAUGGAGGAGAUCAAGCUGAAGGCCAAGGAGCUGGAAGAGAAAGAUCUGGCUCAAAAGGCGAAGGAGUACGAGGACGGUCUUGUGGCGAUGACUGUGACUAAGGGCCACGCAUCUUCCGCCAGCUUUGGCAAAGAGGAGAUCAGUGAGGAACCGACCAGCACUGCAAACACGUUUCAGCCUGGCUCCUGGAUGCCCGCGUCCAAGAAAUAGACUGAGACCGCUGCGCGAUGUAAUACGAUCCAGAGGAAAGGCUCUGCAAUAAAAAAAAAAAACUACGUCUGUGAAACCGAUAUUCACUUUUAGUCGAGAUUUAAUCUUCUUUCCGUAUAAUGCAAUCCAGGUCAACAACCCCAUAAACUAUGACCUCAGAAAUAACCAGAGUUUAAUCAACUUGUCGACCGUCUUCACAGAGGAAGUGUUUAUUUCAAGGCAGUUUUAUUGGACUGCAUUACAUUAUAAGCGGGCUCCUACUUUCCUCAGUGGAUAUUGUGUACGCGCAAGACGGUAUCCAUCACACAUCUAGAAGCUGAGUUUAAAAGUGAUGACGAGAACUACAUCUACCAGAGAGGUCUGUGAAUAAAGACACGGGUGUACAACAAGAAUGUUCUAGAAAUGCUGUAAGAUAAUUUGUAAAAUGUAAUAAAACUGAACUAUAGAUCUAUAAAAA